GCGCGGCGAACAUGGGCGCCGCCGCACGCGUCGUCUCCCUUCCUCCACCUCGGCUCCCCCGCCGGCCCGCGACCUCAGUCCCUUCCGCCGCACGCCGGCUCCCCCUCCCCCUCCCCGCGCCCCGAGGCCUCGCCCGCGUUGACCUACUCACCACCGAAGGCGCCAACCACCUUCUUCCACCUCCCGCCGCCCCCCUUUGCGUCCCCUCCAAGCCCCUCCAUGGCGUUGAAAGGCAUCUCCUCCUCCCCCCUUUUAGCAUCUCCCAUCCCCCCUCGCCUCCCAUCACCUCCUCCUUGGAAGAAGCAUCACCGCCCUGCAUUUCUUCCCCGGCCGCCGAGGUUUGCUUCCUUCCGGGCCCGGCCUCCAUGUCACUGGACCACAGCCCCACCGGCUCUCUCGUCGUGUACGGCGAUGACAUCGAGGAGGCCAUGUCCCCCAACCGGAGCGUCGCCGCCGUGGCCGUCAAGGACGGCGACGCCUCCGUGUACAAGAUCAUCCACGGCUUCCUCAAGCAGAAGAACAACUCCAUCAUCAACGUCGCCGCCAGCGUCGCCCGCAAGGCCGCCUCCAACAAGCUGUCGAGGAAGACUUCGGAUGUUUUCGACACCUUGAUUCAGCAGCAGCAGAGCAGGCUGGGGAACAAGACCGGGCCUCUGCUCUCUGGGAUAUCCUACUGCAUAGCCUCUUGCAGCAUGAUAUUGCUCAACAAGGUGGUUCUCUCCAGCUACAACUUCAGUGCUGGCAUCUCACUCAUGCUGUACCAGAAUCUUAUAUCCGUGGUCAUUCUUGUGGCACUCGAGUUCUUCGCUGUAAUUUCAACAGAAGAGCUAACAUGGAAGUUGAUCAAAGUCUGGAUUCCAGUUAAUCUCAUUUUUGUUGGAAUGCUAGUAACCGGAAUGUACAGUUUGAAGUACAUAAAUGUUGCCAUGGUGACGAUAUUGAAGAACAUGACAAACAUUUUAACGGCUGUAGGGGAGAUAUAUGUUUUCAGGAAGUGUCAGAACAAACAGGUUUGGGCUGCCUUAUGCAUGAUGAUUAUAUCAGCUGUCAGCGGCGGUAUGACAGAUCUUUCUUUCCAUUUAAUCGGUUACGCGUGGCAGAUUUUGAAUUGCUUUCUGACAGCAGCCUAUUCGCUUACACUGAGACGCCUGAUGGACACAGCCAAACAAUCAACUAAAUCGGGUUCUCUCAAUGAAGUUUCUAUGGUGUUACUUAACAAUGCGCUCUCCAUCCCUUUCGCGGUCAUUUUGAUUAUUGUCUUCAACGAGUGGGAAUACGUGUACCAAACCGAAGUUAUCAGAGAGCCCAUGUUCUGGUUUUUUGCGACCGCCAGUGGAUUGUUAGGACUAGCGAUCAGCUUCUCAUCCGUGUGGUUUUUACAGGAGACUGGCCCAACAACUUACAGUCUUGUUGGCUCACUAAACAAGAUACCCAUUUCGGUUGCUGGUGUCUUGCUAUUCAAUGUUCCUGUUAGUGUGGAAAAUUUGUUCAGCAUAGUUUUUGGUCUUUUUGCUGGGAUAUUCUUCGCAAAGGCAAAGAUGUCCAAGUCCUAAUGUUCACUCUCCUGGCGCGACUGUAACACGAAAAUAUUCGCACGGCAAGGCCUCCUAUCAACUGUACAGAUAUACGAUCAGAGUCCGUUUGAACUUGUCGAGUCGAUUGGGAUUUCGUGAAACAUUCUGUUUAUUCUUUCCCGGAUUUGUUUCAUAACUGCAUGCAGAAGGCAGUUUGCAGGACUUGUCACAGCUUCUAUCCAAUUGUUGAUCUCUGCUCAAGAAGUUGAGCAGAACAACCAUACAAAAUAAAGGGAAAAGAUUUGGCCAUUUCAACACCGGGAAUUUGCUGUUGCUGUGCCCCAAGAGCUUCCUCUGUUCCUCUGAUAUUUUUCAGUUUCUUAAUCAUUGUAAAUAAAUUGGAAUAUCACAGCCAACCAAUCUUUGGCUAUGAUCUAGAUAUCCGUAUAUACUAGUUAUGUUUAAAAUCAGCAGUCCCAGAGAUAUAAAGGUUGUCGGUAUUGGGAUCUUAGCAAAGCAAAGCUUAACAUGGGUAUAUGACAU